CGUAAGUAUAGCGAGGCAGAGCGUAAGUAUAGCGAGGCAGAGCGUAAGUAUAGCGAGGCAGAGCGUAGGUAUAGCGAGGCAGAGCGUAAGUAUAGCGAGGCAGAUUUGGAGGAGGGUCCAUCAAGCUUCGAGGAGGAGACAGUGACGGCGUUAUUGUGUUUCCAAAGAUGUUGUGUGGAUGUCGCAGUGGUGGAGACAGGUUAUGGUGCGCCAUGGGAUGCAACGAUGGUGGUUCCAGACAAUUGUGUUUUGGCAAACGUAAUCACAUCCAUAUCGCGUGAUCAUUGUUCGUUGUUGGGGGAGACGGAAGAGGAGAUAGCUAGGACUAAGUCGAGUAUUACACGGUUGGGGAAGCCAUUGAUAGUGCCACGUAAUCUGAAGCCUAAUGUUCUUAAGGCCAUAAUGACUACGGCAACAAGGUUGGGUGCAACAGUGAUAAUCGCACCAUCUACUCAGCGCUUGCCAAGAAACGGAGUUAAGGUGCUUAAUAUACCCGUCAGACUUAACCUUCUUGGCCAAUAUCAGGAAAGCAACUUGGCUGUAGCUGCCGCAGUCGCUAUUCACGUCCUUGGUAAAUUAGCUGAAAUCGUACCAGGACAUAUCAAUCUAGAUAUUUCACAUAUGCUCCAGUACGGUGUUAAACAUGCCACCUGUCCCGGCCGUCUUGAGCGCAUCGAAUGGCACACAAUCCAACCCAGAAGGAAAUCUACAGGCGACCGCUUUCGUGAAUUACUGCGACACACAGCCGCGCUCGAAUCCGGCCCAGAUUCGUCAUCCCCUCAGGGACACUUCAACGAUCGACUCGAUCGCUUCGACGACCGAUUUGACGACCGCUUUGCCAACCGAUUCCGAGACCCCCUUGAUGAUAGCACCUCCGGCUCCAUUACCUCCGGCUCCAUUACCUCCGGCUCCAUUGGCCGUGAGAAUGGCUCCUCUACCACUGGCUCCCCUACCGCUGGUCCCCCUACCACUGAUUACCCUACCACUGGUCCCCCUACCACUGGUUACCCUACCACUGGUUCCCCUACCACUCGUUGCCCAGCCUCAGGGCUCAGAAUGCGCUCCUCCGUCCACCGACUGGCGACAGAGGGACCGACGGCAGAGAACGGAGGUUUCCAGAAGCAGGAGUACCGGUACUUUGAGGAGUUGCUGGCGGCUAGCAAGGACGGACAAUGCGCCGCCGCGCCGGCAGAAGACGACGACCGGGGCUGGCUAAGGCAUUGGAGUUUCGACCAAAGCUUUUUCGUCUCACGAGAGCACACAGUGGACCGCCGGAUUUUAGAUGCGGUCUACUGCGAGUGUCCGAAGGCCGUGCUCGACGACAGGACAGGGGUCUUGUCAGGCACAACACGGCAGUGCACCACGGAAGAGGUGGAGCAGGUUUUGCAUCCUGUAGCGGCGGAACGUUCAAGAGAUGCGGAACGUUCAAGAGAAGCGGAGCGUUCAAGAGAAGCGGAACGCCUUACCUCCCGGACGUCGGUUGAUCGGGGGGUGGGGCGAGAGAUUGCGGAGGAGACCUGUCGAAACGCUGCCGGGUCUUUCGGGGCCGCACGGGACGGUAAGGAGUGGGCUGUGGGACAGCCGCGACAGCCCGAGCGCCUUUCGCCUCGCAGCCGUCACCAGUCCUAUUCGCGAGCCCUUGUCCAGUUGCCUCCAACGGCGGGGACUCCGCGUGACAGAAAAUUUGUGCGAGGGAAGACUCUCUCGCUGCCAAGAACGCCGUCCCCAGGAGCGGCUUCACCCGGAGCAGCUGGCUUCAGCUCGCCCAGCUUCCGGUCGCCGAGCUUUCGGUCACCCAGCUUUCGGUCGCCCAGCUUUCGGUCGCCCAGCUUCCGGUCAUCCAGCUUCAGGGCUCAAGGCUGUUUGCAAGUGGCGUCACCGUGUUCCCCAGGGAUCUCUUUGAACCCAGUGAUCCCCGGAUCGAUUCCUGGUUCUGUCUCUGUAUCAGUAUCAGUAUCCGGGUCCACCAAGGGUGCUCGGGUGUGCAGGCGCAGUGCGGCGCAUGAGGUUUUGUGGCGCGCCCCCGCAGCAGUAAGUUCGGUCGUGCAGGUCGCCGGUUCGAAGCCGAGCUGCGCCGAAACGUGUUCGAAGGGCAGUCUGUGGCUCGACGGAGCCCACAAUGCGGCGGCGCUUCAGGCCAUUCGGUCCUGGCUCGCGGAAAUGGACCUGGUCAUUGUCGGCUUUGUCGAGAACCCCGACCGCGAUUUGGACGAGCUCAUCCGUUGUCUCGAACCCGCGCGGCAGGUCGCUUUCGUCGCCUUUAACGAAGAUGAUCGCGAUAACCAGAACAGUACUCAAGCUCAGGCUACGCACACGAACUUUGAGGCCACACACGCUCAGGCCACACACACUCACGAACACACAUCCAGACGUCGAGAGGUGCGGUGCCGCAGUCCACUGCUGUGUUCACGCCGGUACGUGCAUCAAUUUGGCGAGGAGGGUGCCCGCCGCCUAUUCGGCUGCUUCCCGUCACUGCGGAAUGCGAUCGAGAAAGUCGAGAAGUGCCCCGGCAUCCGGGAAGUUCUCAUCACCGGUUCCCUCUAUCUCGUCGCGGAUUUCUAUAAAACGAUUUUGCUGUCAUAG